CUCAAGAAGCUGAUGUCUUGCCCGGUGGUUAUAAAGUAAAUGCUGGUCAAGAUAUAAUGAUUUCAGUGUAUAAUAUUCAUCAUUCUGCAAAGGUCUGGGAAAGAGCUGAAGAUUUCCUACCGGAAAGAUUUGGCUUGGAAGAUCCAAUUCCUAAUGAGACAAAUACUGAUUUUAGAUUCAUCCCCUUCAGUGGAGGGCCUCGUAAAUGUGUUGGUGAUCAGUUUGCUUUACUCGAAGCUAUUGUUGCUCUGGCAAUAUUUCUGCAGAACUUAAACUUCGAGUUGGUUCCAGAUCAGAAAAUUGGUAUGACAACCGGAGCAACUAUUCACACAACAAAUGGUUUGUACAUGAAAGUGACUGAAAGGCAGAAAAAGAAACUUCCAGUGUUGGCAUGAAACUCGCUCGGGGAGGGCAACAUUGUACUAGAUCAAAAUUGAGGAACACAAAAAUGUUCAAGUCUCAGAAGCAAAACAACAAGCCAUCAUCACCAUCACCCACAUCUGGAGAAAGGGUUGAUUUCAGAUUCUCCAAUUUCCAAGCCCUUCAGGUACCUAAAGGAUGGGAUAGGCUUUCCCUAUCAGUCGUCUCUGCUGGAACAGGAAAAGUAAUAGCAAAAUUGGGCAAAGCCAUGGUGCGGGCAGGAAGCUGUCAGUGGCCAGAGACACUUUUGGAAUCUGUGUGGAUACCGCGAGAAGAUUCCUCAACAGAGGUUGAGGAAUAUCUGUACAAGUGUGUUGUUUCUAUGGGCUCAGCCAGAUCAGGCAUCCUCGGGGAGGCAACGAUGAAUCUAGCAAGCUAUGUGAGCUCAAGAUCAGCAUCUCCCGUUUCGUUGCCCUUAAAAAAGUGCAAUUAUGGAAUAAUAUUACAGGUGAAAAUACACUGCUUAACACCAAGAAAACUCAGAGAUGAAGAAUCCAAUGGCUCACAUUCCCUUGUGAAAGAGCAAAGUUCAGAUUAUCAUGACAGUGGUAGAAACUCAAAUGUGUCUAGCAGUUUAUUAGCAGCUGGGAAUGUCGGAGUUGCAUCCAUUCAUGAUUCGGGUUUUAUGUCUCGUUCUGUAAAGUUUGGUAUCCAGGAAAGGAGCUCCUCGCCUUCUGGUUCCUUUGACAAAUUAUUCUUGAAGAAUCACUUAAGGAGUGAAGCUUCCAACCAUCAUAAUGGAGAAAUCUCUGAGAAUAAUUCGCCCCGAGACAGUUUUCUGUUUGAGGAUCGUUCUGCUUCAAACCGACCAUCUCUUAAUCAGCCUGGUGUCAUGAGUAUAAUGGAGAAUCUGCAACAUUAUGGAAAAGAUUUAGUAGCUCUGACAAAUUCUGGGUCCAGUAAAAAACUCCUGGAAGCUGCUGAAGAUACGAUUGAAGAGCUUCGAGUAGAGGCGAAGAUGUGGGAGAGAAAUGCGAGGAAAUUAAUGGUUGAUCUCGAUAUACUGAAGAACGAAUUCUCCAAUCAGUCGAAGAAGCAAGCAGAUUUGGUAAUGGAGCUAUCUGCUGCCUAUGCAGAACAUGACAGUCUGAAAAGGGAGAUCGAAAACUUGAAACUAAUAUUGGAGGAGUCAACAGUGAAACAGACAACUCUGGAAGAUUCAUCUUUUCAGACUAAAGGUUUAACUCGUAGUAUUCACGAGGAACUGGAGAACGAGAUAAAACAUCAGCAAGAGUUGAAUAACAGUUUAGCUCUGCAGCUGAAAAGAAGCCAAGAAUCGAAUAUCGAUCUUGUUUCUGUUCUUCAGGAGCUGGAAGAGACCAUAGAACAACAGAAAGUUGAGAUAGAGAAUCUUUCAGAUGUUGAGAAAGAAUAUGAACAUAAGCUAUCUGUCAAGGAAGAAGAAAUAGCUAGAUUGGAAGCAGAAUUGCAGAAUGGUUCCCGAGCUGAAGAAAUUCUUAAACAGCAUGAAUUUGUGAUCCAAGAGAAAAAUUCUGCUCUUGAAGAAGCUCUACAGAAGCUGGAAGAUUAUAGUAUGAUGUUUCAAGAAAAUAAGAAUUCUAAGGCAGAGCUUGAAGUUCAGUGUACAAAUCUUCAAAAGGAAUUGUCUCAAAAGAUACCUGAGGUGGAUAGACUCAACGCCGAUUUUCUUAAAAAGGAAGAAGAAACUAACUUUCUUAUGCAGCAUCGAAGGGAACUCGAUACAAAAGUUGCAGAUCUUCAGAAGAAAAGAGACCAACUUGAAGAAGAUUUGGAAAUAAUGUCCAGGGAAAAUAGCAGCAGCUCCAGAUGCUUGGAUGAUCUACAAAACAAGCUUAAGAUCCUCGGUGAGAAUAUGGAUAAACAAAUUUAUAACAACGAGAUUCUUCAAAGGAAAUCAGAGGAGAUCGAGUGUGAUAACCGCAAACUAGAGAACCAGUUAACGAAGCUGAAAGAAGAGAAUUUGUAUCUAGAAAGUCAAAUGAAGUGCAUUGCAACUGACAGGGACUCUUGUCACUUGAAACUCGAUAAUUCUAGAUCCGUUGCAAAGAAACUCAAGGGUAAGAUCACGGAGCUGGAAAUGGAAAUGGAAAAUAAAGUUGCUGGUCUCAAACAAAAUUUAGAAAUCGCCCAGAAUCAGCAGUCAGAAGCUCAAAGAGAAUGCGAACAUCUCAAAGAGGAAAAUCAGAAGUUAGAAGAAUCCAUCGAAAAUCUCCUUGAAGAAGUCAAAAUCCUUCAGAAAUCAAAUUCAGAAUUAUGGGCAAAAAAUGUGGAGAUGCAGGAGUACUGUGUGCAAGUGGAUGAUCGGUUGAAGCAAUCUGAGAAAAGCUUGUAUGAUAGCAGCUAUAAAAAGGUUGAAACUCUGGAAGAAAAGCUUAACUCAAUGAUAAAAGAUUUUUCCUUCAAAGAGGAAAAUUUUAAGUCAGAACUGGAUGAACUUGUUCGAGAAAACGAGAUGCAGAUGGAGAAACUUGCACAACAAGAGGUCUCAAGUCAUAUGUUUCAGGAAAAGUUAAAUGAAAUCGAGAGCCUCCAUAAACAAGUAGAGCACUUAACCAUGAAAAUCUCUGCAAUGAAUGAGGAAAAUGAGAGGUCAGCUACUGCAGCUGCAAAUGAAAUAUUUAGCUUGCAGGCUGAUAAGGCAAGAAUGGAAGGCGUCCUUGAAGGGAUUCAAUCAAAAGUUAGCGUAACUGAGAAUGAACUCAACACUGUUCGGACAACUUCUGAGUCGAAGGUUCAAGGCUUAAUGAUCGAGCUUGCUGGUUCCAAACAGAGUUAUGAGAAGUUAAUGGCUGACCAUGAAAAAACAUUGAAACUAUUAACAAGUUACAGGACAACCGAGGAAAAACUCAAGACAUCAAUGAACAACCUUGAGUUGAAGUUAACUAUUUCUCAGUGCGAGCAUCAACAACUUCUUGAAGAUACAGUCAAUCUUAAAUUCCAGUUGCAGAAAAUGACGGAACUUCAGGAUGAAAUAUUGGAUUUGAGAAAUCAGCUCCACAAGUGCAGGAACGAAAAGGAAAAGUUAGAAGCUUCAAUGCAGACGAUAUUUGGAGAUAGCGGAGAAAUAAAGUCUGAGAAUUUCUCAUUUCAUGACAAAAUAUCGAGGUUGAAGGAAGCUGUUUUGGUAUCUGAGAACUGCAAAAGAGAGAAAGCUUCCCUAGAAGAAAAACUUUUACAGAUGGAGAAAAAUUUGAGUGAAAGGGAGGUACAAAAUGAGGGCCUGGGAACUGAACUAACUAAAAUCAAGAGAGAAAACAGAUUAUAUCAGCAGAAAAUUCAUCAACUGGAGGAGGAGAAAGAUAAGCAAAAUUGCAGGAAAAUUGAUGACAAUGGAUAUGGUUCUAAUGAUGGAGUCCCUAAUGAUACCACAGUCUGCAUUGAAAAGAUAAAGUUGCUCGAAAGCAAGCUUGCUGAGACUUUGGAGGCAAAUAAGAAGUUCAAAAUCCAGCUUCAGAGGUUCCGAUCAGAGGAGAGGAGAACUCAAGGAGCUUCUUCCAAGCGAGCAGCAAUAAUAGCUGAAAAUGAAUUGGCGGAAAAAGAGAGGUUUGAACAGACAAAAUCAUCACUAGAGGCUGAGCUCAAGGACAUUCGUGAGCGUUACUUUGAGAUGAGCCUCAAGUAUGCUGAAGUUGAAGCGCAGCGCGAGAGUCUCGUUAUGAAACUCAAGACAGCAAAGAAUGGAAAGAAGCCGCGCUCAUCUUGAACCCAACACCUUUCUUCCGGAUACAUCCUCACCAUAGGUAACUUCAUCCAUAUUUCCACUUAACAAUUUUUUAUUUUUUUAAAAAAAAUUAUGAAGAAUAAAUGAUGUGAAAUCCUGGAAAUAAAAAAAGCAAUUGGUGGACAUUGGAACGACUAAGCUUAGGCUAACAGAAAUAAGUCUAGCAACUGAGUCUCCGUACAACUACUCAGAUCAUGUGCAGCUGUGAUAUACGUCUAAAUAGUUGAGCAAUAUAUAUUUAUGUACCAAGGAUCUCUAUAUCGAAUUAUCGAUACUUGUUUUGUUCUAUACAGUAAUAUAUGAAUUGAACCUCGCU